AUGUUCAAGAGGUGUUUGAUAUUUUUGGUAAUAUCCAUAUUUAGCAUAGCCCUAGUCGUAUACAAGAAAGUGAAGCAUGAAGGCGUGAGCGAGGAGUACUAUCAUGGAGGGGCAGGAGGAAGGCCUCCAUGGGGGUGCACAGAUGAGUGUAGCUCUAAUGGAGAAUUUUGUACCAUGGAUUACGGCGAUAUUGGCCUCGAUCAGGAUGAAUACAAAAUUGUAAAUUACAAAGACACACGGAUUAGCAAAAUGAAGAAAGGACUUAAGCAUAUUUUCCAACCCUUCUUCACAGAAAUGAAAAGUGAAACGAAUAGCAAGCAUAUCAUAUCCCUAUUUUUAGAGUUCUUUGAAAAUUCAAAAGUUUUCCUAACUGUCUCCAUGCGCUCAAGUUAUCAUAUGCUUUACGCCUACGGAAUAGUGUUAAUAUCUUUGCUCAAAAUUUUGUUCUUAUGGUACAUAAUUUUAGAGCCAUAUUUACAGUGGCUCCUUCUGAAGGUAAAAAUGAUGUACCUAAAUUUGGACUACAAAACGAAGAAGUACGUUAUGACCAUGCUGUGCACUUUUUUAAGUUUUCUCUACCUGAUUUAUUCUGGAGUUAUAAAAUAUAUUUUAAAUAAAAUUUCAAAGUUUUACAAAUAUUUGCUAAAGAAAGUGUUCAAAAUUAAUAAGUUUCUUUUUAACAUAUUGCCCUAUUUGUUGAGUUCCUUGCUGUACGCCACUUUGGUGAAGACCCUACCGAUGUCGUUUAUUUCUUUUUUUAUUUAUUCGAUUUUUUUUCCCCUUCCCUCCGUCUACUCUGUCGUUAUCAUUUUGAAAUAUGUGUACCUGUCCAACAUCAGCGAGUGCCUUAUGGACACCGUUACGCUGAAGUUGAAUUCUUCCAAAUAUAUCAGCGCCAUCAGUCAGUAUGCCAUGUUGAGGGACAGCGAGCCGGCGGAAGGAGGCGCAGGGGUAAAGGCGAACGAAGGUGAUAAGGGAGGUGAAGAUGAAAAGGGAGGUGGUGGCGAAAAAGAAGACAAAGUUGAAAAAGAAGGUGGAGGCGAAAAAACAAGUGAAGGAGAAAAAGCAGAUAAAGGAGAAAAAGCAGGUGAAGAUGAAAAAGCAGGUGAAGAUGAAAAAGCAGGUGAAGUUGAAAAAUCAGGUGAAGGCGAAGAAGCAGGUGAAGUUGAAAAAUCAGGUGAAGGCGAAAAAACGGAUGACGUUGAAAAAGAAAAUGAUCACAAAACAACGGAGCUGAAAGCGGGCGAGCUUAAGGCGAACGCCCCCAAGAAGAAAAAGUUCUCCCUCUUCAGCCUGGAAAACUUUGGCUUUAACUCCAGAAAGAGGGACCGGAGCGGCAAAGCGGUCGAAAACGAGGCCGAAAACGAAAACCGAAACAGCGGGGUGAGGGAGGACCCCCCCGCGAACAACCGCCGCCACAGCAGCAUUUGCGAAUCCGUAGGAGAAUCCAAAGCGGAGGAAGAAAACAGGGCCUCGUACUACGAAGUGCCCAUUUUACUAGAAUAUUGGCUCUUUAUAAACAUUUUAAAAUUUUUUAACUUUUUUUUUUUUUUCCGCAAUUAUAACAAAACCUCAUUCAUGUUUGAGUAUUUUACCCUGUUCGUAAUAUGCCUGAACGUUAGCGAAAAGUUACACGAAUUUGUCUUCCUAAAAGAUUACAAAUCAUCCAUCCUCGUUCGCAUUUUGAAGAGUGUGUUAGUGAGCACAGUCGAUUUUGUCUUAUACACCUUAUUCAACGUGAGACUGGAAAACGAAGAAAAGAAAGGGAAAAAAAACGCAGAGCCAGAUAUGCAAUAUAACGAGAGAAGCAAUUUACUAAUUAAGCUAUCCAAAAUAGUAAAGGAUAAAUUGAAGCUAAACGAAACAGUUAAAUUCAGCCUUACCUGUCUCAAGUCAGUCGUUACAGAAAAUGUGGUUGAAAGUGUUAAGCUGCCAUUUUAUAUAAAAAUUUUUAUUAACCUCUUAAUAUACAUGCCGCAACUUAUCCUUUUAAUUUUCCCGUCCUUUAUCCUUAAAAUAUAUUUUGCCUAUUUCUUUUUUAUUUUCCCCAUAUUUGGAUCCCUCAAAUGUUUAGAAGAAAAAAAUUCAAUACAUAACAAAAUUUACUUCAUAUGUUAUUUUUUCUUUUACAACAUUGCCUCGGCCACCGUAAACCAUGCCUUUUUCAAGUGUUUGCCUUUUUACAAUUUAUACAAAAUUUUAAUUACGAUAUCUGUUCAAACUGUUCUUAAAUAUAUUUUUAAUGUCCUCAAGGUGAAGAGUUGA